GCAUCCAGGAUGCUGGGCUGGCUGGGCUCCAGCUGGCCUCUGCAUCAAUAUUUCAUCGGCAUCAAUAGGAGGCAGCGGGGACAGCCGCUGCGGCAGCACUCGCUCCAGCUCCAGCCUGCAGCUCGCAGGGAGAGUCCCGCUUCCAUCCUGCUCACAGUAGCCCAGCCCGGCACACCACCAUGGAUGUCUUCAAGAAGGGCUUCUCCAUUGCCAAGGAAGGUGUGGUGGGCGCCGUGGAGAAGACCAAGCAGGGGGUGACAGAGGCAGCUGAGAAGACCAAGGAAGGGGUCAUGUAUGUAGGAGCCAAGACCAAGGAAAAUGUUGUGCACAGCGUGACUUCAGUGGCCGAGAAGACCAAGGAGCAGGCCAAUGCCGUGAGCGAGGCUGUGGUGACCAGCGUCAACACCGUGGCCACCAAGACCGUGGAGGAGGCGGAGAACAUCGUGGUCACUACCGGGGUAGUGCGUAAGGAAGACUUGAAGCAGCCCACCCCCCCACAGGAGGAUGAAGCAGCCAAAGAGGAAGAGGAAGUGGCUAAGGAGGCCCAGAGUGGGGGAGACUAGAGCCUGCAGGUCAGCACAGAGGCCCCGAAGGGCACUCCUCCACCUUGGACCCCACCCCUUCUGGCACGAGGAGAGCCCGCCCUGGCGUGUGACCCACAGCUGCUCAGACUCCCCGUGCCCACGCCCGGCUGCCCCCAGGCCUGACCUCUCAUGCUGCUGCACUGCCCUCACUGUCCUCCCUCACCCUCUCCCGCCCUCCGGCCCUUCUGACCCCAGAUGCUGCUGUGAUUUUUUUUCUAAUUAUUCCAAAUAAACUUGAGCCCCAUCCCA